ACAGGAUGCUCUUGUUCUCAGGACAGUUUUGGAAGGAGUUUACUCUGCAUGUCUGCACUGCUGAGGAAGAUUCCUGAAAACAUUCCUCAAGACAUUAGAAAAAUUAGAAUAGAAAACUCUCACCUAACAGAAUUGCCUCGUGGGUCAUUUGCGAACAUUAGUGCCUUGGAGUAUCUCUGGCUCAAUUUCAACAACAUCACGGUGAUGCACAUGAAGAGCCUGGAGUACCUGCCGGUUCUGAAGGAGCUGCGCUUGCAAGGGAACAAAUUAAGUUCGGUGCCAUGGACAGCAUUUCAAGACACCCCAGCUCUGAAAAUUCUGGACCUGAAGCACAACCGGCUGGAUGUCCUUCCAGAACACGCGCUCCGCUAUCUGCCCAACCUGACCUAUUUAGAUCUAUCCUCAAAUCAGCUUACUGUCAUAUCCAGGGAUGUCUUCUACAGCUGGCCUAUCUAUCAGAGAAGCCAGAGGGCGGCAGGGCAGGGCGAAGCUAUUUCCAACGUUGUCCUGGCCCUCCAUGACAACCCAUGGAUCUGUGACUGCCGCCUGAGAGGAUUUGUCCAGUUUAUCAAGUCAGUUGGUCCUCCUCUUAUUCUGAUGAAUUCCUACUUAACUUGCUCAAGCCCGAAAUUCAGGGCAGGGAAAUUUUUUCAUGAAGUGGAGCUCAACAGCUGCAUGAAGCCACAAACUUCAGCCCUUGACACCAAUCUGACAGUCCAAGUGGGGCUGAACAUCACCCUGACCUGCUUUGUGCAAGCCAGCCCUGCCCCAGCCGUCUGGUGGACUUACGCAUUCAAACUUCUACGGGCAUUUAAUGUUUCCACUCAGCCCAUCAGCGAGGAGACUGUCCGUUCUGACCUGCUGAUCCCGGCUGUACGGCCUGCAGACGCAGGCAACUACACCUGCACAGCCGCCAACUUCUUGGGCAACGCCUCGGCGGCCAUCAUGCUCCAUGUGGGUACCUCACCAGCCUUUGCCACGCAGCCGGGCUGGGCCGCUGCAGCCCCAGUUGAGCCAGGCGCCCAUGUGGAGGUGCGUAUUGCCAAGCAAACGGUCUACGGCAUCACCCUGGAGUGGUUUGCAGCGGCGGCAGUGGCAGAGCCGGGAGAGAUCUGGUACACGCUGUUGGUGGGCCGCUACGACACCGCACAGAAGGACGCCAUCUACAUCGGCCCCGGUGUCAACACCUAUUCGGUGACCGACCUGCUGCCCGCCACCAAGUACGAAGUCUGCGUGGCUGUUCGCAACCAAGCGCCCCGCAAGGGCCAGUGUGUUGUCUUUGUAACAGGCAGCGACAUCAGCCAGCUGGAGCAGCGCGAGAAGCUCAUCCACAUUGUUGUCAUCGUCUGCGCCAUGGUAUUGGCUGUGCCCGCCGGCAUGUACGCCUGCACCGCUGAGGCCCGUCCCGGCUGCCUGGCCCGCUGCCCUGCUGCCUGGCCCCGCCGCCGUCGUGGGGACAAGCAGCCAGGUGCUGGCAGCAAGGAGAGCACACUGGACAGCCUGCCCGGCGGCAGUCAGGAUGGACUCUGCCGUCCUGAUGGUGGCCGCGGUGCCCGGCGGCCCCCAGCACGCGAGGAGCCUGAGCGCCCCGGCAAGGCCCGGUUGCCCCACAGGAACAGCGCUGACCUCUAUUAG